AUGUCAUUUCUCGAUAUUUCGCCAGAUUCCGAAUUUCCAAUUCAGAAUCUUCCGUAUGGUGUCUUUUCGACGAAAGGAAACCCUCGGAAAAGGAUCGGUGUUGCGAUAGGCGAUUACAUUCUCGAUUUAUCUGAAGUGAAACACCUCUUCAAUGGGGCACACUUCGAUUGUACACCUCACGUAUUCGAGCAGCAGUCGUUGAAUGCAUUCAUGUCACUUCCGAGAGAAGCUUGGCGUGAGGCUCGUUCGAAUAUUCAAAGGCUGUUGGGUAAGCAAGACAAGACAUUGAGUGGCAAUAACGAGCUGAAAGCACGAGCGAUUGUGCCUCGAAGCGAAGCAGUCAUGCAUCUGCCUGUUCAGAUCGGUGAUUAUACCGAUUUCUACUCAUCCAUACAUCAUGCCACUAAUGUUGGUAUUAUGUUCAGAGGCAAGGAAAAUGCACUGAUGCCGAACUGGAAAUGGUUACCAGUGGGCUAUCAUGGACGUUCGUCGAGUAUUCUACCAUCCGGAACCAGUUUGCGUCGACCGUGGGGACAGACAAAAGCUGAUGACGCUGCUCAACCAACGUUCGGUCCCUCGAAAUUGGUUGAUUUUGAGCUGGAAAUGGCAUUCUUUGUCGGCGGUCCACCAACGGAAGUCGGUGAAACGAUUCCGGUCAGCAAGGCCGAUGAGAGAAUAUUCGGAAUGGUUCUUAUGAACGAUUGGAGUGCUCGUGAUAUUCAGAAAUGGGAAUAUGUACCGUUAGGACCGUUCUUGGGCAAAAGUUUCGGCACAACGAUAUCGCCGUGGAUUGUUACUAUGGAUGCUUUAGCGCCAUUCGUCAUUGAUAACAUGGAACAAGAACCCAAACCAUUGCCCCAUUUGCAACAUGUAGAUCCGUAUAAUUUCGAUAUCAAUCUUCAAGCGUCGAUCCAACCUGAAGGCGAUACCACUGACCAUGUUGUUUGCCACUCGAAUUUCAAGUACAUGUAUUGGACAAUGAAGCAGCAACUCGCACAUCACACAAGUAAUGGGUGUAAUAUCCGCGCGGGCGAUUUGAUGGGUUCGGGUACUAUCUCUGGAACGAUCUAUUGCAAUAGAACUGCAUUCAGGAUGAGAAGAGUUUUGGAUCGAUGUUGGAGUUGUCCUGGAAAGGUACUCGAACAGUUCAAGUGGGCAGUCAAACUCGUAAAUUCAUCAAUGACAACGAUGAAGUCAUUCUCAAAGGCUGGUGCCAAGGCGAUGGCUAUCGAAUUGGGUUCGGUGAUUGCCGUGCUAAGUUGUUACCUGCGGUCAAGAAGUCUGAAUGAAUUCAGAAAAGAAUCAAUGUCGUUCAUAGAAGUGGCUCCAGAUUCGCAGUUCCCCAUUCAGAAUCUGCCGUACGGAGUAUUUUCAACCAAAUCAAAUCCCAAGAAGCGAAUUGGAGUGGCGAUUGGUGAUGACAUACUGGAUUUAUCGGCGGUCAAACAUCUAUUCACUGGGCCGAUUCUCAGCUCCAAACAACAUGUUUUUGAAGAGGAAACAUUGAAUGCGUUCAUGUCGCUUCCGCGAGAGGCAUGGCGUGAGGCUCGUGCGCAAAUUCGAUCACUAUUAAGUAAGGAUGAUAAACGAUUGAGUGAAAACAGCGAAUUGAAAUCGAAAGCGAUCGUAUCACAAAGCGAUGCCAUCAUGUAUUUACCUGCACAAAUCGGCGAUUACACUGACUUCUUCUCAUCGAUUCAUCAUGCUAACAACUGCGGCAUUCUUUUUCUGGGUAGCAAAGAUCGUCUAUGGCCGAACUGGAGAAGGUUGCCAGUGGCGUACAAUGGACGUACAUCAAGUGUGGUGGUCUCGGGUACACCCAUAUAUCGGCCUUGGGGUCAGCUUAUCACUGAUAAUGCAGAAGAGCCGAUAUUCAGCGAAUCAAAAUGUGUUGAUACCNUUGAUACCGAGCUAGAAAUGGCAUUUUUCAUUGGAGGACCGCCGACCCAACUUGGUGAGACCGUUCCGGUUGAGAAGGCCGAUGAACGAAUCUUUGGAAUGGUCCUUUUGAAUGAUUGGAGUGCUCGUGACAUUCAAAAGUGGGAAUCCAUUCCGUUAGGACCAUUUUUGGGGAAAAGUUUCGGAACAACGAUAUCGCCGUGGAUCGUCACUAUGGAUGCUUUAAUGCCGUUCCUAGUGGAUAAUAUGAAACAGAGUCCGGAGCCAUUGCGUUAUUUGAAGCACGAUGAUGCGUACAAUUUCGACAUCAAUCUCGAAUUAGCCAUAAAACCCGCUACUUCAAGCAUUGAUCAUGUUGUUUGCCGUUCUAAUUACAAGUAUAUGUACUGGACAAUGAAGCAGCAACUUGCGCAUCACACAAGUAACGGAUGUAAUAUUCGCGCUGGCGAUUUAAUGGGAUCGGGUACCAUUUCUGGACCGGAAGAAGGUAGUUUCGGCUCAAUGUUGGAGCUGUCGUGGAACGGUGCGAAGUCAGUGGAAGUCGGCGAUCAAACUCGUAAAUUCAUAGAGGAUAACGACGAGGUUAUCCUCAGAGGAUGGUGCCAAGGUGAUGGUUAUCGUGUCGGUUUUGGUGAAUGUGCUGCUAAAUUACUACCAGCAUCGUUACUAGUGGAUGGUGGAGUGAAUUUCGUCGCAAUGGCUUCAGUAUCAACAUUUAUUGAGAAUCAAUUUCAAUUCGCCGAAAUGAACAUUCAACAUCAUGGUAAUGUUGAUAAAACCGUAUCGCUUAUCAAACGUGCUGUUCGUAUGGGCUAUGAUAGUAUUGUUGUCAACACGGACAUCGGUGAUAUCUUCAAUGAGCAGUCGCAGAUGGCCGAAUCGACUGAAGAUGAACCACCCAUAAAAAAGAAGAAAAAGAAAGGCAAACGAGAGAAUCACAUCCCUGAUCCCGUACAAAUUGAUGUCUCUCAAAUCAAUGCUGCUGAUCUAGAGGUUGCUGGUAAAAAGUUGCGGUUAUUUAGGUGA